AUGGAAGUCGCCUUCGACACCGAACGAGAUUUGGAGUUUUCUGGGUUUGGCAAGAUACUACCGAAGGUGGAAUUGACCACCGCACCAGUUUUAGCAGUACCGGAGCCUGGAGUGAACUACGUAGUCUACACCGACGCUUCGAAGGUUGGACUUGGAUACGUGUUGAUGCAAAACAACAAAGUGAUCGCCUACGCGUCACGACAAUUGAGGCCGCACGAGUUGAACUAUCCAACCCACGACUUGGAGUUAGCAGCAGUAGUACAUGCCCUAAAGAUUUGGAGGCAUCAUCUCUACAGAGUUAUAUCUGAAAUCUUUAUAGACCACAAGUGCCUGAAAUACUUUUUCGAGCAGAAAGAUUUGAACAUGCGACAAUGA